AUGCAGGACGAGGAGGUGAUGGAGAAACCAGGGGUGGGAGAGAUGGUCAGUGGGAAGAGUGAAAGUCUGGUUUGUGGGAGAACUGAGGAGGAGGCAGAUGGCAAGGAAGCAGAGGGUGGGGAGAGGGGGGAUGGUCAGGAGGGGGUCAGCAUCCUGAGGUCCACUGCAAUUCCCUCUGACUCCUACAUGGAUGGCCUCCGUCCUUUCUCAGUGACCCACGACAAGCCAAGCAGUUUGAAGAGGCUUCCUGGGGCACCUCAGGAUCUGCAGCACCUCAACGUUCCUUUCACUGGGUCUCUGUGCAACCGCGGUGGGAGUCACUGGGAGCAAAUACUGGCCUGCCAACCGAGGACCUUGCUGCAGGUGGUGGCCGGAGAGCCCGGGCACUGCUCCUGCCCACCCACCCACCCAGACCUCGGCAAGGCGGCUGCAACGUGCUACCAGGCUGACGUGGUGGACGGGCAAAUCGUCAGCCAGCUCUUGCGGCUCAGCAACGAGGACGUGGCACUGCCGAUCACUGCAGAGAUGGAGGCAGAAGAGGCGAGACUGAGGAGCUUCGGCAACUGGCCAGCCCGUGCCAUCAUUCAGCCGGUUCUUCUGGCCCAGGCAGGCUUCUUCUACACAGGUCACCGGGACAACGUCAAGUGUUUCCACUGCGAUGGCGGACUCAGGAACUGGGAGCUGGGUGAUGACCCGUGGAUGGAGCACGCCAGAUGGUUUCCUCGCUGCCAAUACUUACUCCAGGUGAAAGGGAGGGAUUAUGUCAACAGCAUCCAGGAAUUGCAUUCCCAUACCUUGGAGUCAACGGUGGGGAAUGUCUGUCGAGUGACUCCAUUCAGGAGUAGUCUGCCCAUGGAGGAUGUCAAGGAGAGGCUGUUGAGGGAGACUGCGAAUGAAAAUGUGCAGCUGCCUCCUCUCAUGCAGUCCGCCGUAGUUCAGAGGGCUCUACAGAUGGGGUUUGAUGGCUGUCUGAUAGAGGCACUGGUUAACAGCAAGUACCUGUUGACUAGCACACAGUACGGCUCAGUCAGUGAGUUACUCUCAGACCUACUGGAAGCUGAGGAGGAAGAAGGAGAAAGGAGGCGACCGACAGCAGGCUUGAGUGCUGAAGAACAACUGCGCCAGCUUAAGAGUGAACGCACUUGUAAAGUGUGCAUGGACAAAGAUGUCUGCAUUGUCUUUUUACCCUGUGGACACCUGGUUGUGUGCGGAGACUGUGCUCCAAAUCUCCGGAGAUGUCCCAUUUGUCGGGCUCUCAUUAGAGGAAGCGUGAGGGCCUUCAUGUCCUAG